UAAUCGGUCAGAGUAGUCUCAGUGCCGCAGAAAAACGGCAGUUCAACUUCAACAUCAGCCAGCAGCAGUCAUCUCUCCGAAGAGCUCCGGGAACAUUAAAUCGACUAAGUUCCAAAUUAUUUUUGGACUUAGAAAAUAUUUCUGAAGUGAACCAACGAUUAAAAAUACAGUUUUCGUUCGAUAUAUAUAUAUUUAUUAAUUUUGUUUCUCUCGGAAAUCCAGAAAAGAAAACGUCAAUAAGUGAAAUAACAAAAAAAAAACUUUAUUCAAAAAGACUACGGAAAACGUAUCAUCCAUCCAGCCAAGCAGCCGUCCAGAUAGCGACCCAAAGGACUAAUUAUAAAAGAAAUAACGAAAACAAGGUUUCCAUAAUUGGAAGUCCAGAAUUGAAUAUUCAAGGAAACGCAUACAUCAGAGCUAUCAAUCAAAGUGAUCAAGAUUUGACCUUGCCUACGCCUGUGAUUAAGAUGGGCCAGUGUAGUUGGUUAACAUGUAGAGGAGAGACUGAUGCACAGCGCGAACUGAUCCGCGAAAACAAUUUUCAAGAAGAGCCUAAUUCUCAUAUUCAAAAACUCGACUAUCUAAGUCACAAGCCAAAUUGGUUCGCAAGUCCACCUCUCGAUACUAUUCCCAUUAAUGUAGUCUCAAGCGAUAAACUCACUGCUGAACGUGCAAAAUCUAUACAAAACCUCCUCUAUCUCGAUCAUUUGACUGAAACAGAAAAUACUGUAAUUACUGAACUCAUUAGCCAACACCAAGACCUUUUUGUUCUUAAUGGCGAAGCUUUAGGUGCUACAAAUGCUAUUUUUCAUCAAAUUAAUACAAUAGAUGACGUACCUGUAUUCAAACGACAAUAUAGAUUCCCUCCUAUUCACAAAGACGAAAUUAUAAAACAAUGUACAGAAUUAGAGGCAAGAGGUAUAAUUAAACCAUCCGAUUCGCCCUAUAGUUCUCCCAUUUGGAUAGUUCCGAAAAAGGAAGAUUCCUUAGGAAAUAAAAGAUGGAGAAUGGUAAUUGACUACCGAUCUCUCAAUGAAAAAACCAUCGGGGACGCCUACCCUCUCCCAAACAUUAAUGAAAUAUUAGACCAGUUGGGAAAUGCCCAAUAUUUCUCAAGCUUUGACCUUGCUAGUGGAUUCCAUCAAAUCCCUAUUCAUCCUAAUGACACACAUAAAACCGCAUUCUCUACACCCUAUCAGCACUAUGAGUUUACGCGCAUGCCCUUCGGUCUCAAAAACGCACCCCCAACAUUCCAAAGAAUGAUGGAUAAAGUCCUAAUUGGAUUACAGGGUAAAGAAUUAUUCGUCUACAUGGAUGAUAUAGUGAUCUAUUCUCAGACUCUUGAAGAGCAUGUUCGAAAGUUUCAAAAUUUAAGUGAGCGCUUACGAAAGGCUGGUUUGCAACUCGAACCGGAUAAAUGUCACUUUUUAAAGAAAGAGAUCAAUUAUCUGGGACACAUUAUAUCAUCUGAUGGAGUACGUCCGGAACCAAAAAAAUUAACAGCUGUCCAAAAUUUUCCAAGACCAACCAAUCAGAAAAAUAUCAGACAAUUUCUUGGCCUAACCGGGUAUUACCGUCGAUUCAUCCCAAAUUAUGCAAAAAUCGCCAAACCUUUAACCUCUCUCCUAAUGAAAGACAAGAAAUUUCAAUGGGGCGACGAGGAAAACAAAGCCUUUAGUAAUUUACGGAACGCGCUGUGCAAAUCUCCCAUACUGCAAUAUCCAGAUUUCACCAAGGAGUUUGUAAUCACGACAGAUGCUUGCGGAUACGGCAUUGCCGGAAUUCUCAGUCAAGGAGAGAUUGGUAAAGAUCUUCCAAUUGCCUAUAUCUCAAGAGUAUUAGGAAAAUCAGAAAGAAAUUACUCAACUAUAGAAAAGGAAAUGCUUGCUAUCAUUUAUGCGGUAAACUACUUUCGACCUUAUGUCUACGGUCGGAAAUUUACAUUAGUUACAGACCACAGGCCUUUGACUUGGAUUAAUUCGGUGUCGUCGCCAAAUUCUAGAAUUGUUAGGUGGAGACUAAGUAUGCAGGAUUUUGAUUACCGAAUAGUAUAUAAACCAGGGUUAGUGAACGCAAAUGCUGAUGCUUUAUCUAGAAAUAUUCCAUUUAAUAACGAAACAGAAUGCGACAACGAUGAUACUUUGUUAGAUAUAAAAAGAAUUUUCACGAUUGAUUCUGACACCUCUUCUAGUGAUUCAAUAUUUACGGCCCCAGCAAAACGAAAAAAGAAAGAGGUAACAAAAGCACUGACGAAAAGAUCUCGUGUGGGAAGCGAUGAUAUUGAUAUAGCAGUAGAUAACAGCACGAAAUCAGAGGACAGUGAGAAUGUAGGUAGAAAUAAAAGAAGUAAUAUAGCUGACGAAGAUAUCACGCAACAGACAGGCUCAAGUAGCGCGACGGAAAUCUUAGCCGAACAUCCGGCAUCUGAACCCCUGAUAUCACCUGAAGGAAAUGACUCAGAUAACGAACAUAAUCACAGUGAGCUAUCCAGUAACGGUGGAUUAGCGGAGAGCGAACGCAGCUCUGAGUCAUAUCCUGCAAGCGUUGCAAAUAAUCAAGACAUCGACCCAUCCCACUAUUUACCCCCAGCCGCUUGUGAUGAAAUAGAUGAAACAUUUUUUGAUGACGGGUCUCUAGGGUUAGCAGACUUUACUGAAAUUAUGUCCGACAUGUUCAUAUUCCCAGAGGAUGCACAAGAUAACAACUCGACUGAUAUACUCAGAACAGACCCUAUUAGCAAUCAAGAGAAUGAAGCAGUUGUGGUCGAUGUACCUGACUCAGAUGAUUCAAGCGAUUCGAGCGAAGAAAUAUUCCCAACAGCUCGCGUUCCAUUCGAGAAUCAACGACAAAGGGAAAAUAAAGAAAGACUACCACCAAAUUCGCGAAUAAUUUCGGAUCAGGUAAUUGAAUGUCGUGACAAUUUAGCCAUGCGACAAGACAAUUAUCUUAUCUUUACUUCUAUUAGGGGUGAAGCUUGCGAUAAUGGAGCUCUGGAAAUACUGCAUACAAUCGAUUGUCCGAUCAAUGAUCUCACUUUACUCCGUGUAAAAGUUAUACCUUAUAAGAAAAAACUUACCCUCAUCCUACCCCUGCGUAAUAAUAGGAACAACAUAGUGGUUGAAGAAGACAUUCGCGAAGGGUUACAGUCUGUUCACAACGCAAUAAUCGAUCUCAAUAUCAAAUCAAUUAGCAUAGCUAAGACUGAUCAAUUCGACGACGUACCAUGGAAUAUAAUAGAACAAAUCCUAGUAGAUACAUUUGCACCAAUUGAUGUAAAAAUUACAAUUUGCACGCAAGAAGUCAUAAUUCCCAAUGAGCAUGACCGAUCCGAAAUCCUACUCGAGUAUCACGCUAGCGCGACGAACGGUCAUAAAGGUACGACGAAAACUUUUAAUCGUCUUAGGCAGAACUUUUUCUGGCCAAGUAUGAGACAAGACGUUAUCGAACUCAUUCGUAAUUGCAGGGCAUGUCAGCUGAAGAAAUUAGUUAGGGUUAAAACGAAACAACCUAUGGUUAUUACCGACACACCUAAAGCAGCCUUCGACAAAAUCGCCAUGGAUAUGGUGGGACCUUUAUCGAAAACUAAAAAUGAUAAUAUAUAUAUUCUCACCAUUCAAGAUUUGUUAACUAAAUAUUCUCUAGCUAUACCUUUAAAGAAUGGAGAUUCUAGAGAAAUAGCAAUUGCUCUUGUUAAAAAUUUUAUCUGCUAUUUCGGAGCACCAAAAAUCAUACUCACCGAUCAAGGCUCAAAUUUUAUAUCUUGUCUCAUGAAAACAAUUGCCAAGAAAUUUCGAAUUAAACAAUAUCAUACUACUGCAUAUAGACCUCAAAGCAAUGGAUCCAUCGAAAGAUCCCACCAUGUCCUCAUACAAUACCUAAAACAGUACGCAGACACCCAUACAGAUUGGGACGAACUAUGUGAAUUAGCUUCUUUUGCAUAUAACACUAGUGUCCACGAGGGAACGGGAUACACUCCUCAUCAAUUAGUAUUCGGGAAAUUAGCUAGAUUACCAUCCAGUCAAGCCGCUAAUGAGCCAAUCGAGCCUACAUACGGAGACUAUUUGCGCCAACUAUUUACUCGAAUCACUACAUUUCAAGAAACAGCAGGACAAAAUCUUCAUCAAGCAAAACUUAAAUCUAAAGAAUAUUACGAUGCGAAAAUAAAUCCACAACAGCUUAGUGUGGGAAAUAAAGUAUUUUUGCUUAAAGAACCCAAUAAGGGAAAAAUGACUGACCAGUAUGAAGGUCCUUAUAAUAUCAUUGAAAUACUAGAAAAUUGUAACGUCAUAAUAAAUAGAAAUGGAGCCAAGAAAAAGGUUCAUAUUAAUAAGCUACGGUUAUCUAAAAUGCAAGUUUCUCUCAUAACCAGAUAAAUGAUAACACAAUAGACAUUAAGAAUAAAAAUCUUCAAAAGUUAGAAUCAUUAUUUCAGCUAGAAUAACUAAUUAAUAAUUAAUAACAAAUUAUAAUCAGAAAAUUAGGGUAGUGGGAAAAUUGAGUUAGCAAAAUCCCAACAUCAUCCAAAAAUGUUACAGAUGACUCUAAAAAGGAUGAUGACGGCUAUUCUCGUCCUGUUGUUCAUCAACACCCAGGAAAUUAAUGGAUUAGUAGGUUAUGAUUGUAGUGGGUCUACCUUAAACAUCACCUCGUAUUCUCUACUCCAGGUGGGGCAAUGUCACAUCCCCCUUGUUAAACCCAAAUCAACAAAUGUCAACAUCGAACUUAUGCAACUUAACAAAUAUGGACAAAUUACGGUCGUAGAAUGUCGAUUACAAUUAGAUCGAACAAUUCACCGUUGCGGAAUGUUCUCCCAUGUAGCAAUAGUGCACAAUUACCGCAGGGAAUAUUUUGUUGAGCUGGAACAACACGAAUGCCAAAAAUUACACGAUUCCACUACACGACGGGGAGAAGGCCGAAUUUCAAUGGGGUUUGGAGUCAAUAAAUACUUUGGGAGUGACGAUCCAAGGGGUCCCCAGGGAAACGGCGGCGAAAUAAGAUAGAAAAAAAAAAAAAAAAAUAAAUAACUAAAUAAAUAUUAUUUUAUAGUAUUUUAUACAGUAUUCGAAACUACUCUUUCUAUAUUUUUUUUAUAAUUAUCACUAGCAUUGUAUUCAAUGAAAUAACCUACAUAUAUAUGUAUACAUAUAUAGAUAUAGAUUUUUUUUAUUUUUCAUUCAUAUGUGCAUAAAAUCAUAAUGUCCAUAUACAUUUUUUUUUUAUUGGGAGAUAAUCCCGUACCGAAUGUACUCUCAAUGCUUUAUAUCGAGUCAAACAUUCAUAAUCAACAUUUGUAGACAUUAAAACAAAAACAUAACAGAGGUCAUUAAUAUAAAUCAUGACAUAUUUAAUAUCUACACUGUGCGACAUUUAUUAAUUCCUUCAGCAUAACAAUCAGUAAACCAAAAAUUGGACAUACAUCAUAAUUUUUGGCAAACUAAGGCUAGGGGAAAAAUAACGCGCUUUCAACCAAACUUUUGAUUCCAAACGGUAUCAAGAAUGAAAAUAGUUUAGUCAAAAAACAUUAGACAAAGUAGAUAAUAACAGAGCACGCAACAUUACCAUGCUGCACUUAAUAUUUUAGACACAUAAUUUUUUUUUUUCUUUUCCCGACUUUUGCUGUCCGCAUCCCUUUUAUAUAAUCUAGGUGAAGGUAGCACUAAUCUGCACGAGCACGUAUUUGCAAUGCACUGAAUGCAAAAUAUAGAGUUAUAAAUGGAACGAAACGUUUUUUCUUCCGUAAAUAAAGAAAUAAACGUCUCAUAUCAUUCCAGAAUCAGGAAUGGACAGACACACGAAUGAGCGCCCUCGUAUGAUUAGGAUAUGGAGACACCCCAAUAAAGAAAUCUUAGAGGCGAGGAAAAGGAAACACCGAAUAUUAAUUAUCGCGAGACAAUUGCAAAAGAAAGUAGAAAAAAUGCAUAAAUUAUUAGAUGUAUUUAAACAAUAUUGCGAAGCGAAAAUCGACGAAAUAGAAAAUACCGAUAGUCACGAAGAAUUGGAGGAGAUUUCGGCGGACGAAAUAGAUACAGAUAAUGAUAGCAGAUAAAGAAUACAUAAAAUGGAUCCAUCAAUCCGAUACAGGACGUUACGAGCGUCCUUAAUACUGAAUUAUCCUGUUAGUCUGAGGAAUCAAAUAUAUAAUAAACUUACUACGUAUUCCACAAAAAUCGCAGACUGCAGAAAAGCAAGGGAAAAACCGGCAGCGCUUAACAAUUUAACAGAAAAUCUCGAAGAAAUACUCAAACCACUACACAUCGCUGUCAUACAAGGAGUACUAUUUGGCAACAUGCACUUUAUAAAAUUGGACACGAAUCCUCAAAUCAUGAAAUUUUACAUGAAUGACGAAUACGAUUGGCGCAAGGAAGCCAAACUGUGUCGACAAAUAAUUAAAACAUUUAAAAGACUACUGAAAUGAAGAAAAAACUAGGAACAUUAAAUACGUGAAGUGGGAUUGCAAAACUCAGUGCAACAAAUAAUUAGAGAUUAAAUAGUGAAAUACUUGAAUCGAAUAGUUAAAAUCAAUCAAAUACUGUCAAACAUGCAACGCUUAGAUAAAAAUAAAUUAUAAUAUGUUUAAUUGAAUUUCAGUGGGUUAGGAGCUUAUCCUUUCGAGCUAAUGUACCGGAGAAUCCCCUGAUAGAGUUCAUAACGAUAAAAUAUGUAAAAACCACAAAACUAUGGAAUAAGGACCGUGAUUGGUUGAUUUUUCACAAAAAAAAAAAGACGAAACUAUAAUAGACUUUUACAGUUGCUUUUGUCGCUAAAACAGACAAAAGCAACUGCACUCACCAUUGUCAUGUUACGUAUUCACAUACGUUUUCUAUGAAUGAUAUCCCCUUGAAGCAAUUGCAAAAUAUAAAGGAUGAAAUCAAUCAAAUAUAAAUACUAAAUACCGCUAUAAAUUACUGAUCAUAUAUUUCAACCAGAGGUCAUGUAACAAAACAUUCUUAGAUGAAUGACCAAAAGGAUUCUAUAUAUAAAUAAGAAUAAAGAAAUGAAAAGAUAGAAACAUUGACGGAGGACGGAACAGUAUUUCUCCCUCUGACGUCGCAAGCCGAUGACCUUUAAUACAAUCAUUGCACAGAAUAAAUAAAUGAUUACUUAAAAUAAAAAUAAUUCGGGACCAUGAAGGAGCCCACAUACCAAUGAUUAGAAAGAAACUCAGCUUUGCGACGUUAGAACAGGGUUAAACCGCGAGGACGAGUAACGCACCCUCUCAAAAAUGACGAAAUCUUGGAAAUUUCCACGUAUAUAUUGAUACGAGUCAAUCUAAGAAUGAUGUGACUCCGAUUGAAAUAAAUGAAAAGACAAACGAAGAAUGAAAUACAAAAGAGAAAUCAUAAUUCUGAAAAAUAGAAGCAAUUGCAAAGUAUAAAUACCGCUAUAAAUAACUGAUCAUAUAUAUCAACCAGAGGUCAUGUAACGAAACAUUCUUAGAUGAAUGACCAAAAGGAUUCUAUAUAUAAAUAAAAAUAAAGAAAUGAAAAGAUAGAAACAUUGACGGAGGACGGAACAGUAUUUCUCCCUCUGACGUCGCAAGCCGAUGACCUUUAAUACAAUCAUUGCACAGAAUAAAUAAAUGAUUACUUAAAAUAAAAAUAAUUCGGGACCAUACAGGAGCCCACAUACCAAUGAUUAAAAGAAACUCAGCUUUGGGACGUUAGAACAGGGUUAAACCGCGAGGACGAGUAACGCACCCUCUCAAAAAUGACGAAAUCUUGGAAAUUUCCAUGUAUAUAUUGAUAUGAGUCAAUCUAAGAAUGAUAUGACUCCGAUUGAAAUAAAUGAAAAGACAAACGAAUAAUUUAAAUACAAAAGAGAAAUCAUAAUUCAGAAAAAUAGAUAAAUUCGACUAUUGCAUCAAAAAGGAUACAUGAAAAGUCAAGAAAUAACGUAAACUAAAUAUUCCAUAAGACAAUGGCCAUGAAAAGUUAUGAAAAAAUAGAAUUUGUUAAUAAACAAUUAACAAACAUUUAUAACAACAAAAUGAAAAUCAGUGGAAAAGAAAGAACGAUCACCGGGGUAAGCACCCACCAAAAAUCUCUUCUUAAUCUGCAUAAACAGUUGAGAUAUUUAUUUUUGAAGUUUCAUACACACACAUACAAGCCCAGGUAUCCGUGUGUCCACAAAAUUUUCGAAAAUUCUAGCGUACGCAUUAUUGAUGAUAGAGAAAUGGUUUCCAUACAAAAGGGACUCCAUAUUCUGAGAACUAUUCAUUUCACUCAUAAAGAUAAUAAAAUUUAUUAACAAAUAUAAUUGUUGUAAACAAAAUAUACAUGAAAUAUUCUACGAACAAUUCAGAAAAAUCGUAAAAGGAAGUUCUGUAGAUCCUUGAUAUGUAACUAAAAAAUCUCUUCUUAAUCUUCAUAAAUAGUGAAGAUAUUCAUUUUUAAACUUUUACACACACACAUAGAAACCCAUGUAUCGGUGUGUCCACAAAAACUUUGGAAAAUUCUAGCGUCCGCAUUAUUGACGAUAGAGAAAUGGUUUCCAGACAAAAGGGACUCCAUAUAUUGAGAACUAUUUAUUUCACUCAUAAAAAUAAUAAAAUUUAUUAACAAAUAUAAUUGUUGUAAACAAAAUAUACAUGAAAUAUUCUACGAACAAUUCAGAAAAAUCGUAAAAGGAAGUUCUGUAGAUCCUUGAUAUGUAACAAAAAAAUCUUUUCUUAAUCUUCAUAAACAGUGAAGAUAUUGAUUUUUAAAUAAUUCACACGAUACACACACACCCAAAUCCUUGUAUCGGUGUAUGCAAAUAAAGUUCGAGAAUCGUUAGCGCCUUCCCUAUGGGACAUAUGCAAAAACAUCCCAUAUAGAAACUAUGGCAUAAAUUAUGAACUACAAAAAUGUGUAAUAAAAAAUUGUAAAAGUCAAUAGACAAAACUGAAUGUCUAUUGACAUGUCAUUAGGAAUUACCCCUAAAAAAUCUAAAAUUGGCGAAAUUAGUGCAUUUAAAUAACAAGAACAAGAAUAUGAAAGAAAAUUAAACAAAACUCAACAAUUUAAACAUGUCAAUUUUGAUAAAUUAGCGAUCUUAAUUGUAAAUGUUAAUAACCACGAAAUUAAUGAACGAAUUGCUACCGAAAAAUCCAUAAAAAUAGUCCACUGAAUCCUCUAACGACUGAGCCAUUGAUUAGAUUUUUCACGUUAUAAACAACGCCAUUAAAAGUUAAUAAACAUUUUUCAAGGUCAAGUCAAUAUCUCCGAAAGUUGUAUAGUUAAGAAAAUGAAAAUUUAUGGAAAAAUGCUAUAAAAUGUGGACAUUUGAAUGGAUGAAUAAUUGUUCCUGAUUACUGAAAAAUACUAUUGUUAUUAACAAUUGAAAUGUUAUAAAAAAUUGUCAAAAAGGUUUUAAUACUAGAAUCGUAUUUCUAGACCAAAAAUAGGGUCAAAAAUGAAUUUUGUCAAAUUUGUCAAGAGACAACGUCAAUAGACAAAAAUUGCUUAUAGUAGUACCAUGAGGAUGCCAAAAGGAUCCAUUUAAGCUAUAGUGAAAAUCACGUUCAAAAAUUAAUUUUAAAACAGAAAAAUCAUUGUCAAAAUAUCAGAAAUAAUUUUUAAGAAUUAAAAAUGUAAAAAUGAAAAAUGUAAUAAGGCAUAAGAGAAUGUCACAGCAUUAGAUGAGACUAUACACAGAACAUAUGAAUACGCAUCACGCGCCAUCCCUACUCUCAGUCAAGUGGAGUUGCACGUUAAACGAAGCAUCCCCACCAUCCCUACUACUGGAUAGCGUGCGCCAACGAUCGACGCGGUGAAUAAUCGGUCAGAGUAGUCUCAGUGCCGCAGAAAAACGGCAGUUCAACUUCAACAUCAGCCAGCAGCAGUCAUCUCUCCGAAGAGCUCCGGGAACAUUAAAUCGACUAAGUUCCAAAUUAUUUUUGGACUUAGAAAAUAUUUCGUGAGUUGUGGACUUGGAAAAAUUUC